GCUGCCCGGAGUCGUCCUCAUGCGGCUCAGAGCGCUCAGCCUCCCGCUCACAGCCGCUUUCAGCGGCGGCACCGGCGGCGGGACGGCCGGCCUGUGGCGCUCGCAGUUGCAGCGGUCCGGCAGCAAAGUUCGGAGCUCCCCGCAGCGCGGAGCCGCUCCCCAGGCGAAAGGAGGUGAGGCCAGCCUCCUGCGGCAGUUUCCGGACCCCAAAGGCCUCCUGAACAAUACCGUCUCCCGGUCUCUGGGGGUCAGCGACCUGUCCCGGUUCAUCCAGUACAGCUGCACGGAGCAGGCCGGGGUGAAGAGAGCCACCGUCACACUGCUGUGGCCCUGCAGGAUCCAAGAGGACGGCUACGCCUCCAAGAAGACCGACGCCGAGCGCUUCGCCGCCGCUGCCGCCUGUCUGAGGCUCAGAGACCUGGGUGUGAUCGGCCCCAACAACCAGCUGCCUCGGAGGAGAGCCGGCAGGGCCAGAGGAGGCUUCCCUGCAGCUCCCUGUGACCAUCCGGACCCGUUCUCCUCCAGAGAAGAAGAAGCAGAACAGGAGGACGUCUCCCGAGUGUCUGAAGCUCUGUCCAUGUUCCCACAACCCAAAGCCCUCCUGAACAGAGUGGUCCAGGCUGCCACGUCCUCCAACCGGUGCAGGGAGCUGAUGCAGUUCACCACCACCGGAGGGAGGCUGAAGCGCUGUGAGCUGACGCUGCGGUGGCCGGAGCAGAUGACGUUGGUGGGCGUGGCCGGCGGUCGCGUGGCGGCGGAGAGACGAGCUGCCGCUCUGGCCUGUCUGAAGCUGAAGGAGUUGGAGCUGCUGGAUGAGAACAACGACCCUCUGACUCACGCCCAGUACCACCGGCAGAAGGUGAAGGAGGCCGGUGACCGCCACAGACAACCGGUGCUGCUGGACAUUCCAGCAGACCUGCAGCUGUGCAUGAGGGAGCACCUGACACAGUACCCGGUGGCUACAGAAGUCCAGAAACUCUGGGAGGAGGAGGAGCUGAGAGGACAGCAGACCGAGGAGGACGAGGAGGAGGAGGAGGUGAUGGACACCAUCACCGGCCGACCGUACCGCCCCCUCUCCGACCUAGAGGCUCGACAGCUCAGCGCCCGCCUGCAGAACCAGUGGGAGAGAGCCAGCCCCGGGCUGAACCCCGACCUGCCGGCGGACGCCCACCGUGGGCGCCUGGUCUCGGCCGUGGCUUCCAGCAGGGCGGUUGUGGUCGUGGGCGAGACGGGGUGCGGGAAGACCACGCGGAUCCCUCGCUUCCUGCUGGAGGAGCAGGUGAAAGGCGGCGCCGGCGCCCACUGCAACAUCCUGGUGACGCAGCCUCGCCGGAUCAGCGCCGUGUCGGUGGCCCAACGCGUGGCUCAGGAGAUGGGUCCGUCUCUGAGGCAGUCCGUGGGAUAUCAGGUGCGUCUGGACAGUCGACCUCCAGCUCACAGCGGGGGAGCCCUCCUCUUCCUCACAGUGGGGGUCCUGCUGAGGAAGCUGCAGUCCAACCCCACCCUGACGGGGGUCAGCCACGUGGUGGUGGACGAGGUGCACGAGAGAGACAUCAACACGGACCUGCUGCUGGCUUUGCUGCGCCGCUGCCUGGAGGAGAACGGCGGGCUGCGGGUGGUGCUGAUGAGCGCCAGCGGCGACACGCGGCGGCUGGCGGCGUACUUCGGAGGCUGUCCCGUGGUGACGGUGCCCGGCUUCAUGCACCCGGUGAAGCAGCGCUACCUGGAGGAGGUGUUGAGCGAGAUGGGGGCGGAGCCACACAAACAGACAGGAACAGAAGAUCCCAAUCCAGACCCGGAUCCUGAUCUGGAUCUAGUCGCCGACGUCAUUGAGCACAUUGACAAACACGGAGAAGCAGGUGCAGUACUGUGUUUCCUCCCCGGGUGGCAGGAAAUCCGAGCAGUUCAGGACAAGCUGCAGGCUAAAGCUCACUUCAGCUGCAACCCUCAGACCAUCCUGCCCUUACACUCCAGUCUGUCUGUGGCCGACCAGCAGAUGGUGUUCCAGCGCCCCCCGCUGGGCCGGAGGAAGAUCGUACUGGCCACGAACAUUGCCGAGACCUCCAUCACCAUCGACGAUGUGGUUCAUGUGGUGGACACGGGAACUCACAAAGAGCAGAACUACGACCCACGCACCAAGGUCUCCUGUCUGGACACGGUUUGGAUCUCGCGCUCUAACGUCACACAGAGGAGAGGGCGAGCGGGGCGAUGUCAGCCCGGACAGUCCUACCACCUGUUUCCACGGAAACACCUGGACGCCAUGACACCGUUCCCCAUUCCUGAGAUCCUGCGCACCCCUCUGGAGAGUCUGGUGGUUCAGGCCAAAGUCCACAGCCCUCACUGCCAGGCUGUAGACUUUUUAUCGCAGGUGUUGGACAGUCCUGACCCCAAAGCUGUGAAAGACGCCGUCCAGAACCUCCAGGACAUUGGCGUUCUGGACGGGACGGAGACCCUGACCCCUCUAGGACAGCGUGUGGCCUGCAUGUCCUGUGACCCCCGGCUGGGGAAGGUCCUGGUCCUCGGCGCCCUCUUCAGAUGCACCCUGCCCAUGCUGUCUGUGGCCGCCUGCCUCACCAGAGACCCUUUCCUCAACAGCCUGCAGAACCGAGCGCUGGUCAAGAAGGCUAAAGAGGCUCUGAAUGGCUCCAGCUACAGCGACUACCUGGUGUUCAGCCGGGCUGUCCUGCGCUGGAGGACGCUUCAGCAGGGGGGGGCCAGACAGUCCCAAGAAGACUUCCUGGAGCAGUACACACUGUCCAGGUCCAGCCUGCGAUUCAUCAACGGCCUCAUCUCUCAGUUCAGUGGGAACCUGUGUGAAGCAGACCUGGUUCCUGCCUCCAGCGACGGUCAGAGUCUCUCCUCUGUUUAUAAUGAGCUCAGUGAUGAAGAGGAGCUGCUGAAGGCUGUGCUGCUGGCUGGACUCUACCCCAACCUCAUCCAGGUGAAGAAAGGCGCCGUGACUAAAGGCCGUUUCCGUCCAAACAGCGUGACUCUUCGGACAGUUGGCGGUCCGGUGCUUCUUCAUCGCUCCUCCGUCAACAGAGGCAGGGAUGAAUUCCCGAGUCGCUGGCUGACCUUCUUCAGCGCGGUGAAGUCCAACGAUCAGGUCUUCAUCAGAGACUCGUCGGCGGUGCAUCCUCUGGCGCUGCUGCUGCUGACAGACUGUGACAUGGCAGAGACUGUGACCGGAGACAUGGUGGACGUCUCUUUCCCGGGACGCUCUCUGAUGCGCUGCCGACUGUCGGCCGAGUCGUGGGAGCUGCUCUGGGGGAUUCGCACCGCCGUCCACAGCAUGAUGUACCGGACCCUCAGCAGCCCCUCCAGUGCCUCUCGGAACACCGAGCAGGACGGACGGCUGCUCCGCCUCCUGGUGGGACUGCUGAACGGCACGCACCAAAGUGGCCUGGCCCCGAGUGCUGACAGUGACGGCGAGGGGGGCUGA